AUGAGCUCCUUCCGCUUUGCUCGCUCCGCCCUCCGGGCUCGCCCUUCUUUCCUCGGUGCUCCCGUCCAGCGCCGUGGUUACGCUGAGGCUGUCGCCGACAAGAUCAAGCUGUCCCUGACUCUGCCUCACCAGACCAUCUACCGCUCGACUGGCGUUACCCAGGUCAACCUUCCCGCCGCCUCCGGUGAGAUGGGUGUUCUCGCCAACCACGUUCCCUCUAUCGAGCAGCUCAACCCCGGUCUCGUCGAGAUCAUCGAGGAGAGCGGUGCUACCAAGCAGUACUUCCUGUCCGGUGGUUUCGCCGUCGUCCAGCCCGACUCCCAGCUCAGCAUCAACGCUGUCGAGGGCUUCCCCCUUGAGGACUUCAGCGCCGAUGCUAUCCGCGCCCAGAUCACCGAGGCCCAGAAGAUUGCCAGCGGCAGCGGCAGCGAGCAGGAUAUCGCCGAGGCCAAGAUUGAGCUCGAGGUUCUCGAGAGCUUGCAGGCUCACGUCAAAUAA